AUGAGAGAAGUGUAUGAAUUAAUGAGACGAGGAGAGUGUGAAUCACAGACAACUAUAGACAAUCACAAUACACCAACACCACAACACCACAACAAUAUUCUUUUCUUACAACUGCAACUUCUUAACUAUACAUGGGCAGCAAUAAUUAUGGUAAAAAUUCACUUUGAAGCUUUAUUGACGGUGUUUCUGCAUCUGCAUUGUCGUGGUCGCUUGCAGUAUCAUGGUCGUUUCUUCCCAAACUUGUCCGCCAACCGCCAUGUCUACCUCACAGGCCUCAAAGGCCACCAAAUCCAUCCCGUCUUGUACCCUCAGUAUCCCAUCACUCACCUGCCGUACCAGCAUUUCGCAACUAUGGCUCAAAUUCUAGAAACGUUGGCGCCAGAGGCUGAAGAGCCCCUAUUCCCUAUCGAUGAGACUACGGAGUUGAUUUGGCCCACCAUGUUUAGUGGUCAGGCCAUCUUAUGGACCUGUCAGCUUACAUGUAUUCUCCCUGUGUUGGGUCUCGUGGCGGUGCUGCCCAUUGGAAUGGCUCAGGUUUCCUCUGUGAAGAUGACUACACAGGUGGGAGAUAAGGUGAAGAAGGGAGAUGAGAUUUUCUACUUUCAGUUUGGAGGCUCAGAUGUUAUCUGCGUUUUCCAACCUAAGGCCGAUCUGAAGGUAGAUCAUUUUGUUGCUUCGCCUGAUGGCACUUACUCUCGAUAUGGUACUGUUCUGGCUAGAGCCCCAAAGAAAUGA